UCAAAAACCCUGAGUCAUGUAAACUGCUUAUUGAACUUUUCAUUAUAAAUUGUAUUUUAUUUAGAUGAAAAAAUCUAACAUUAUUAAUCAAAAUGAAGCAAAAUAGGUACUGAGUGUAGGAUGAGAAAAAUCCAAAAAUAGUCGAUAGUCAUUAGUAAUUCAUCAUCACAGUUCAUAUGUGACCGAGUCACAAACUGACGGUGUUGGUUGAAUUCUGAUUUCUGAUAAUCACAUAAUUCUUGUCCCACCGUUUCAUUUCAAACAUUUUCCAUCGUUAAUUCAAUUAAAGAUGUAAACUUUUCUCUUUCCUCCUCAAUACCCAACUUUUAUUUUUUCUUUUCAAUGAUCAUUUUAUAUCAGAUUUUUCAUAAAUAUGGUACGUAAAAUCAGUGAAGGUUUUCAAGAAAACUAAGCAGGGGAAAUAAAGAUGAGCAUUUCAGCAAGUCAUACCGUUGCAAUUCCACUUGGGUCAUUGUUACUUUCAGCCAAAAGGGGCUCUGCAAACGAUGGUUCAUUUUUGACUCAGCCAUUGGCACUGAGCUCGAGGUCGAAAACUCUGCAGAGGCGCAUUUCUUCGCAUUCUAACUUCCACGCCCUUGUAUGUCGGGGGAUGAAGCACUGUUCUUCGAUAUCAGCUGUUUUGACUGAAAGCAGUAAAACAAUGGGAGUUACUGAAGUUGACACCGAGAAUUUGGGAAUCUUUGAUGUGGAUCCAAGCUUGGAACCAUACAAAGAUCAUUUUAGAUACAGAAUGAAGAGAUAUGUGGAUCAAACUCAGCUCAUUGAGAAAUACGAAGGUGGUCUUGAGGAAUUUGCUCAAGGAUAUUUAAAAUUUGGUUUUAACCGAGAAGAAGGGGGCAUUGUGUAUCGGGAAUGGGCUCCUGCUGCUCAAGAGGCGCAGCUAAUUGGGGACUUCAAUGGUUGGGAUGGUACCAUGCAUAGUAUGGAAAAGAACCAGUUUGGUGUUUGGAGCAUUAGAAUACCAGAUUCUGAUGGAAAGCCUGCUAUUCCUCAUAACUCAAGAGUUAAGUUUCGGUUCAAGCAUGGAAAUGGAGUUUGGGUUGACCGAAUUCCGGCUUGGAUCAAAUAUGCUAUAGCGGACCCCACAAGAUUUGCAGCACCGUAUGACGGAGUAUACUGGGAGCCUCCUCCUGAAGAAAGCUACCAAUUUAAGUAUCCUCGUCCUCCGAAACCGAAGGCUCCUCGAAUUUACGAGGCCCAUGUUGGAAUGAGUAGUUCUGAGCCUUGUGUAAAUUCUUACCGGGAAUUCGCAGAUGAAGUUUUGCCUCGUAUCAAAGCAAACAAUUAUAAUACAGUACAGUUGAUGGCUGUGAUGGAGCAUUCCUAUUAUGCUUCUUUCGGGUAUCACGUGACAAACUUCUUUGCAGUGAGUAGUAGAUCUGGAAACCCCGAGGACCUUAAGUAUCUGAUUGACAAGGCUCACAGCUUAGGACUACGAGUACUAAUGGAUGUCGUUCAUAGCCAUGCCAGCAAUAAUGUUACCGAUGGCUUGAAUGGUUUUGACGUUGGUCAAGGUGCACAGGAAUCCUAUUUCCAUACUGGAGAUCGUGGCUAUCAUAAGCUAUGGGAUAGUAGGUUGUUCAAUUAUGCAAACUGGGAAGUUCUUCGGUUCCUCUUAUCGAAUGUGAGGUGGUGGCUUGAAGAGUACAGAUUUGACGGGUUUCGUUUUGAUGGGGUGACAUCCAUGCUAUAUCAUCAUCAUGGAAUUAAUAUGGGGUUUUCUGGAAAUUAUAAUGAGUAUUUCAGCGAGGCAACAGAUGUUGAUGCUGUGGUUUAUUUGAUGCUAGCCAAUCGUUUGAUUCACAAAAUUUUUCCUGAUGUUACGGUAGUCGCAGAAGAUGUUUCCGGUAUGCCUGGACUUUGUCGUCCUGUUUCCGAAGGGGGAGUUGGAUUUGACUAUCGCCUGGCUAUGGCAAUUCCAGACAAGUGGAUCGAUUAUCUAAAGAAUAAGAAGGAUGAAGAAUGGUCGAUGAAUGAAGUCAUGCUUAGUUUGACCAAUAGACGAUACACCGAGAAGUGUAUAGCUUAUGCCGAAAGUCAUGACCAGGCAAUUGUUGGGGAUAAGACGGUAGCCUUUUUACUUAUGGACCAAGAAAUGUAUACGGGAAUGUCUUGCCUAACGGAAGCAUCUCCCGUAGUUGAGAGAGGAAUUGCUCUUCAUAAGAUGAUUCAUUUAAUUACAAUGGCCCUAGGUGGGGAAGGCUACCUUAACUUCAUGGGUAAUGAGUUUGGCCAUCCUGAAUGGAUCGACUUCCCUAGAGAAGGCAAUGGUUGGAGUUACAAAAUGUGCAGACGUCAAUGGAAUCUUCCUGAUACAGAUCACCUAAGAUACAAGUUCCUGAAUUUAUUCAACGGUGCCAUGAAUUUGUUGGAUGAGAAAUUCUCGUUUCUCACUUCAUCAAAACAAAUUGUCAGCAGUGCAAAUGAAGUAGACAAGGUUAUCGUGUUUGAGAGAGGUGACUUGGUGUUUGUCUUCAACUUCCAUCCGGUGAAUGCAUAUGAAGGAUACAAAAUUGGGUGUGACCUGCCCGGAAGGUAUCGUGUUGCAAUCGAUAGUGAUGCUUUGAUGUUCGGUGGAAAAGGAAGGGUGGGUCAUGAUGUUGAUCAUUUCACAAAUCCUGAAGGAAUACCAGGGGUCUCGGAGACAAAUUUUAACAAUCGCCCCAAUUCGUUCAAAGUCCUAUCUCCGCCUCGUACAUGUGUGGCAUAUUACAGAGUAGAAGACUAUCCGGAGUUGAGUGUCUCAACUUCUACUACUGUCGCUGACAUUCUAGAAGAGGCAGGUGGAGCUGAGGAUGAUAUGACUGAGCCUGAAGAACAUGUUCUAGUGAAAGAAAGUGUCUCAUCAUCUUCUGCUGCUGAGGUUCUAGAGGACGAGCAAGCAGAUGAAGCUGAAGAGGACACCCCUGAGCCUGAAGAAUUAACUCUCAAGGAAGAAAGUGUUUCAUCGUCCACUGUUGCAGAGGUUCUAAAGGAAGAAUCAACUCUCGGGGAAGAAAUUGUCUCAUUAUCCACUGUUGAAGUUCGAGAACAAAAGGAGGCAGUUGAAGCGGAGGAUAAUAGCCUAAAGCCUGAAGUGCCCGGACCUUCAGAAAAAAGUUCUGAACCAAGCAUAGAGAAGGCGGUUGAUGACUCAACAAUAAAUCGUAUCUCAGCACGCGACUUUGACAUCAGUAAACCCCUUUUGUCACUCAUGCACUUUCCAUUAGUUCGCGGUUUCCUCUUCUCGGUGUGAAAUAAUGUAAUUCUCUUGUGUUAUCAACAAAUAAAAUUAAGGAAUAAAUGUGAAUCAAGAACCUUAACUUGGUUAAUAGAAAAUGUCUAUCGAUUACACAAUACGAUGAUUCUUUAAUAUGGAUUAAUAAUACAAUUCAUGACAUAUCCUAAAAA